UGACUGACCCAACGCAAACACAACACUCGCUUCACAACAACUCGUCUUCUCAAUUUUCAAAAGCCUUUUAACUCCAACUUGGAAUGAAAGGCUGAAUCCAAAUCCAAUGGCCUCUCGUCGUAUUCAUACUCUUCUUCCCUUCGGUUUCUCCAUACACGGUGCGCCGCUUUCAUCUUCUGCACUUCUACAAGGGUUUUCUGGAAGCUCUCGAAGCUAUAGCAUUGUUGAAUCGUCGAAACAGUGUGUAUUGAGACCUGAUGAUGAUGAGAUAGCCGCGCUCCGUCGCGAAUUCGUAGCUGCAAAACAGAGUUUUCUCAAUAUUCCCGAUGCGCUCAGAAAAAUGCCCAAAAUGAAUCCUAAAGGCAUAUACGUGAAUAAAAGCUUGAGAUUGGACAAAUUGGAAGUUUAUGGUUUCGACUAUGAUUACACAUUGGCUCAUUACUCGUCGCAUUUGCAGACUUUGAUAUAUGACCUUGCCAAGGAGUUCAUGGUUAAUGAGCUUAGGUAUCCUGAGAUUUGCAUGGAUUUUAAAUAUGACCCAACUUUCCCCAUUAGAGGGCUAUACUAUGAUAAGUCAAAAGGGUGCCUCAUGAAGCUGGAUUUCUUUGGUUCGAUUGAGCCGGAUGGAUGCUACUUUGGUAGACGCAGGCUAAGCCGAAAGGAAAUACGUGAUAUAUAUGGCACGCGACAUAUUGGUCGUGAUCAAGCUCGAUCACUUGUUGGUUUGAUGGAUUUCUUCUGCUUUAGUGAGGCAUGCCUCCUUGCAGAUAUAGUGCAAUAUUUCGUUGAUGCUAAGCUAGAAUUUGAUGCUUCCUACAUUUAUGAAGAUGUUGUUCGUGCAAUUGAGCACGUCCACCGAAGUGGCAUGGUUCAUAGAGGAGUUCUCUCUGAUCCACAUAGAUACUUAGUGAAAAAUGGAAAGAUGUUUCGUUUUCUCAAGAUGCUAAGGGAGAAGGGGAAGAAGCUUUUCUUGUUGACUAAUUCUCCUUAUUACUUUGUGGAUGGAGGGAUGCGUUUUAUGUUGGAGGAUUCUAUGGAUUGUAGAGACUCCUGGACGGAACUGUUUAAUGUUGUGAUUGCUAAGGCCAAGAAACCACAGUUUUAUACAUCUGAGCAUCCAUUCCGUUGUUAUGACACACAGAAAGACACAUUAACUUUUACCAAGGUUGAUGAAUUUCUUCCUGAUAAAAUUUAUUAUCAUGGAUGCCUCAAAUCCUUUCUCCAAAUAACCAAGUGGAAAGGCCCAGAGGUGAUAUAUUUUGGAGAUCACCUAUUUAGCGACUUGAGAGGACCCUCAAAGGCAGGUUGGCGCACAGCCGCAAUCAUCCAUGAACUAGAGAGCGAAAUACAAAUACAAAAUGAAGAUACCUACCGUUCUGAGCAGGCAAAGUUUCAUAUAAUACAGGAACUACUAGGUAAGUUGCAUGCGACUGCAGCAAAUAGUCUGAAAACUGCAGCUUGGAAUUCACUUCUGGAAGAACUUAAUGAGGAGAGGCAAAAAGCACGAAGCAUGAUGAAGAUGAUGUUUAAUAGAUCUUUUGGAGCAACAUUCCUGACUAGCACAGGUCAAGAAUCUGCUUUUGCUUAUAACAUUCAUCAGUAUGCAGAUGUUUAUACUAGUAAGCCAGAGAAUUUUCUUCUCCAUUCACCUGAAGCAUGGCUUCAUGUUCCAUUUGAUGUCAAAAUCAUGCCUCAUCAUGUGAAGGUUCCAUCAAGUUUGUUUAGAACUGGAUGAACAGUCCUUGAAAUCAUUCAAACUAUUAGCAGCAUUCUGUGUCUAACUUUUAGCGGAAUAAUGAUGUGGCGAUUCCAGUUAGCACAGAGAGGUGCAGCUGGAAGACACUUGUUGCGGCAAGCCGGCAAUGUCGUGCAUUCAAUUUUGUUCUAUUUUCUGUAUUUCCCCAUUCCACAUUGGCAUUGCUAACAUGGUAUCGUCAAAUACGCUUAUGCUUCGUGUUAUGACCCGAAAUUGCAGACACGUGCAA